AUGAAACUGUUCAGUAUUUUUCUCGCAGUGGCAAAUGCUUAUCCUUCUGUCAUGUGGCAUGGCAUGGGCGAUCGAGCAGAUAGCAGCGGAAUGACUCGUAUAAAAAAUAUGAUCGCUGCGAACAACGGCGGGCAGUACGUUCUUUCCUUGAUGAUUGGCGAAAACGGAUCGGAAGAUGCGAGCAACGGAUUCCGAAUGUCAAUUUGGGAACAAGUCGAAUACGCCUGCAACAUCAUCAAAAACGACCCAGAGCUUGCUGAUUGCUAUAACGCCGUUGGUUUCAGUCAGGGGUCGCAGUUCUUGAGAGGAGUAGCCCAAACUUGUCCCGAACCACCCAUGAAGAAUUUGGUGACGAUUCAUGGCCAACAUCAUGGAGUUUUUGGCUUCCCUGGCUGCGAUGUUGACGGAUUUUUGCCGGAAGUUUGCGAGACCCUCAGAGAUCUUUUGGACCUUGCUUAUUUGCCAAACAUCCAAGCUUGGGCUCAGUACUGGCAUGACUCGAUCAACUUUGACCUUCAUCUAAGAAACUCGCUUUUCAUCGCGCCUGUCAACAAUUAUGUUCGAGAAGGAAUCGCGAAAAAUGAGACUUUCAAAGAAAACUUGAUCAAGCUCGAGAAAUUUGUGAUGGUAAAGGCUGAGCGAGAAAAGACUGUUUUGCCAAAGGAUUCGAGCUGGUUCGAGUACUACGCUGACGGUUCGGGAAAGACGGAAGAUAUUGUGCCACUUAGAGAAUCAGCAAUUUAUAAGGAAGACUGGAUCGGUCUGAAAGUCCUCGACGAAGCCGACAAACUCGUUUUCCUCACAACUCCCUACGGCCACAUGUCAUUCACUGACGAAUGGUUCCUUGAAGAUAUCAUUACUCCUUACCUUCAAUAA